AUGGAGCGUCAUUCUGCGCACGAUUUGCGCGCAGAUAACGUUGCCAUGGACGUCGACAGUGUCGAAGACGUCGUGGCAGAUGCAGCGGCUAACCGGGACACGCUUGCUGGCAGUAAUCUCCACCGCCGUCAGCAGGAUUCACAGGAUUCUCUGUGGGAAAUGGAUGUGAACAUGACCGCGGAAAGUGAUGAUGACACAGAUGAGCACGCGUUUCUGAUCAUUAGCUUGAUGUUCAUUGUACUAGGGGCUGCUUUUGGUACGAUGGACUGGAGGUCACUUCGAGCAGACCCCAGCGAGAGGAUCACCAUUCGCUCGGACUUCUUUCCAAAGCUGAAGGCACAACGGUCACCGAAAGCGUACCGAAAGACUCUUCGCUGCAUGCCUGAGUCAUUUGAUGCUCUCUGCUCGUUCUUGGAGACUCCCUACUGCGCCAAGUACGGGCUGCCGGGGAAGAAUACUCAGUACGCAUUCGAUCAUGGUCUUGGAGUGCUGCUCACAUACUACGGAAAUGGAUGCGGUCAGGACGGAGAUGGCAUAGGAGGAGCUGCUGCACAACUUGGCAUGUCGCGACCUGUGGCGAGUCGCUACAUUGACAAUCUAGAGAAACUGCUCUUUGAGAUGAUGGACGACGUGAUAUACUUUCCUGCACCACAUUCGGAAGAUGAAUGGAAUGAGCUCGCCGAUGGAUUUGCUGCUCGCAAAGCUGACUUCCCUGACGUAGCAUGCAUUUUUGACGGCACACUGAUACACACGCGAAGACCAAGUGAUUUUCAGGGAUUUUACGAUAAAAGUGGCAAGCCUUCCUAUAAUUGUUUGGCGGCGAUUGACUACCGCUUCAAGUUCCGUUAUCUAGGAGUUUUCAGUGGCAGUAACUCGGACCAAUCGAUGUGGAACCAGUCUGCUGUUUUAGGCGCUCGUGCACGAGAGCUCUGCCCUCCAGGAAUCAAUUGGUUGGGUGACGCAGGCUUCAAGCUGUGGCCAUUUUUGAUGGUUCCAUUUGAUGAGCGUGGGGGCAAGCGUCUGACGAAGAUACAACGCUGCUACAAUUACCAUCUUUCGGAAACUCGCAUACUAGUGGAAUGCGUGUUUGGGCGACUGAAAUCUCGUUUCAAAGUGCUUCAUGGUGUGACAGAUCGCCGUAAGCAUACCACGAACGUUCGCAUGAUUUGUGCUGCUGCAGUUCUACACAACUUGCUGAUCGACAUAGGCGACAAGCAAUUCAAAUACAAAAAACAAAGUGAGGAAGCACGUCGCGAAGAGGUAAAUGAAGCUAGGCAAGUCAUGGCUUCAUUCAAUCGAAACUGGGAUAGAACUCCAGCAGAAGUCAAGCUUGCAAUUGAAAAGCGCAAUGCAUACGCACUCCGCUUUUAUCAGAACGAUAAUGAGUAA